AUGAAAAAAAAUUGUGAAGGGUAAAACCAACAACUUAAUCCAGAGUUGUAUUCAGCUCCUUAGAAAUUAAAGGAGGAAGUGAUAAAUCCAAUUAUAAAAGACAAAAAAGAAAAGAGAGGGUUGAAGAUAAAAAUAAAUGAAAUGGCAAUGAAGAAUGAGGACUAUAGUGAAUUAAGUAUUUAGUUGGAAGAUAAAAGAACGAAUAUCAAAAAUAAAUACAAUGAAUUCUAAACAAGAAUGAAAGAAGUAUUGUAGAGAUUGCUCUAUUAUAAAAACAAAAAUUUCAUGAGAUUAAACCAGAACUACUAUGGGAAGAAUAAAAAGAUAAUUAAGAGCUUAGAAUAGUUGGUUAAAGACCUAGGGUUGAAUAUAAAAGAGGUUGGAUUGUUGGAAAAGGAUAUCGUAAUAUAUAAGAAGGAGGAUAUUGAGAACAACUUUUCUAUCUAUCUAUCUUAGAAGAGAAAUGCUGACCAUGAAAGAGAGAAAAACAAUUAGAGAAUAACCAAAGAGGAUGUAUAAUAGGAGGAAAAUUAAUAAGAGGAUAAUUAAAAAGAAAAUAAUAAUAAAAUUGAAGAGGUGUAGAAUCAAAUAUAGUAGAAUAACAGACCUCCAUUACCUCCAGAUGUUAUCAAUCAAGUGAUUAUUGAGAGAGAAGGUGACAAGGAAUUAACAAUUUCUAUUAUAUUUGAAAAACCAGAGGACUAUGGCUAUGAGAUUAUAAAAUAUGCAAUCUAUUAGUUGGAUAUGAAUGAUACGUCAUUAUCAUUGUAACCAAGUAAAAGAGUAAUUUUAGAAUUCGAUAAUAAUAAUGAGAAAGUUUAGAGAAAGAGUCUAGUCUUUAAAAAUAAUCCAAAUGGUAAAGGAGAAUUAGCAUUCAAUGACAUGAUCUAUCUUUCAGUAGAAGCACUCAAUUGCAAUGGGUGGUCUUCAGAUUUAGAGUUGUCACCAGUCAAAAUCUUUCUCAAAUCCUUUCAGGCAAGUUCUCUGUUUGUAAAUGGAGUAAUUAAUACAAAAUUAUUUAAUGAAGAUUAAUCCUUUAUUGAAGUAAUAGACAUUCCAAAAAAGAUUGAAAUAGAUUAAUAGUCCUAUUACAUGAUCGAAGACUUUAGUUUAGUAUUGAUUGAGGAGAACAGAAUCAAAAUGGUUAGUACCAAAUACGGAACUGUGGGAAUGGUCAAUACAUCAUUUGAAGUGUCUUAAUUCGGGAACAUACUCAAUUUUGAAGACACCUCAAUUACUUCAAGUGAAAUGGUGGAUCCAAAAAGAGAUUUCGAUAUCUCCACACCAUAUUAGAUUUAUACUUUACGAGCUGUAAGCAAAAUAGCUUGUGGCUUGUAUCAUUCAUUAGCUGUGACCGUAGACGGAAGUUUAUUGUCCUGGGGAUACAAUAAUUUUGGCUAAUUAGGGAAUGGGACAAAUAUAAGUACAAUGGAUGCAUAAGAAGUCAUGUUUUUUAGAAAAAAUCAUUUAUACGUUGUUGAUAUCUCAGCAGGUGAAGGGAUUUCAAUUUGCAGAACUGAUUUAGGAGAUGUGUUUACUUGGGGGUGUAAGUAAAAUUAUGAGGGAAAUGGAAUGAUCAAAGUAUUGAAUUCCUAUAAAGAAACCAUAAAUUUAUAAUGCUCCAGUCCAACUAAUUGUUAACUAAUUCCUCGCAAGAUUAACUUAAAGGCUAAAGCUAUUUCAACUGGGUAUUCAUGUUUUGGAGCACUCUCAUUGGAAGAUAAAAUCUAUAUGUGGGGUAGUAAUGACUUUGGUGUUUUUGGAUUUGAUCAAUGUCCAGAAUUAGAUGAUCAAUAUAUAUUUCAUCUUCUUGAACCUAUGAGAAUCAAUAUCGAGAAUUACCUUAUUAAAGACUUCUAAAUAGGGGCUUAUCAUUGUAUAGCCAGAGUCUAAGGAAAAGACAAGAAUUAUGAAGAGUACAUUUCGUGGGGCAAUAACGCUUAUAAGUAAUGUGGAUAAUCAUAACAGUUUGAAUUCUCUACAGUAAAGGGGGAUAAAUAUUGUAAGAAAAACAUAAUGGAUCUCUUGCCUAAUUAGAAGUAUAAAUCUUAUAGCUGUGGUUACAAUAACUCAGUAUUUUUAUCAAAUGAAAAUAUGAUUAUUUCAUUUUAAAAUGGAGUGAUGACUUAGAAGAAAUGCAAUGUUUUUGGACAUUAAUUGUUUACAGGAGAUCUCAUGACCAUACUUUUGGGGUCGGAGUGA